ACUAGGCACACUUGCAAAUAACUAAACUGCACCUUUGUAUAUUAUUUAUAUGUUUUAUCCUUUUAGUCUCAUAUUUACUCCUUUCUUUCUAUUUCUUGUGUUAUGUAGCCUAUAGCCUACUGUGUGUUUCAGACAACUGAGAUCCUGUAACCAGAACAAAUUCCUUGUGUGCACACUUGGCUUAUAAACCACCGAGCUGUAGAUAUGUGCCAUGAUGUAAAGUUAAAAAUGAAAGCAAAAAGUGGUGAAUUUCAGGCUAGACCUACAGUAAGAAUGCUGUAUUUCUUGUUGGACUAGAGAUUUGUUUGUAUUUCUUUUAUUUUGCCGAGGAGCCAUUCUGUAACUACCAAACACUACCGUCCGGUUUCACAGACAAGGCUUAGUUUAAGCCAGGACUAUGCCUUAGUUAAAUUAGGAUAUUUAAGUUGCUUUGAUUAAAAUGCAUUAGAAGAAUACAUUACUGGUGUGCAUCUUGAGACAAAACAAUGGCAAGGACAUAUUUUAAGACAUGUCAGGGCCAUUUAUUUUCAGUGAAGACAGCUCAAAAAUUAAUUUUAGUCUGGGACUAGUCUUAAGUCUUGUCUAUGAAACUGGGCAAUUAAUAUUUACAGUUGCGUCUUAUUUUAUAAUUGUAGUGUUUAUUUUCAUACAGAAAAAGAACUGAGGUGGACUGUUGUGUUAGUACACCACACUUGGUAUUCUUUUAAAAACUUUGCACCACAAAAGGAUGGAUUUUGCCUGUAAGGCUGAUGCAAAGCCAAUUGUCAACAUUCAAUUGUCAGCUGACACUGGAAGCCAUAUUACAGCACCUGUACUCACUUCUAAUAUAAUAACAGGCAAUGUUAACAUCAUACAUGCUUCUGGUAUCACUGGGUAUCACCUGGACUCAGGGCAAAUACAGCCAUCAGGAAUAAACACAGUGAUUCGUCAAUAUAAAAGACUGAUUUGCAGAGAGUACCAGCAUGUUACAGAGUAUAACUCUCUGCCCGGUGAACAUGUGCUGCUGUGUCAGCGCUACAUUGAACCUUUGAUCAAUGACAAAUACAGAGAUCGAAGAGAGAGGGAGGAGGAGAUAUCCUCUAAAGGAGAGAGUUUCCAGGGUGUUCUCAGCUCCAGGAGCAGUCAUGAAUCUGUCCUGAACUCUCUGUUUGACCCAGAUGGCCGUGGAAUCACUCCUGGUGCUGUCAUACUGCAGGGAAACUCUGGCAACGGAAAAUCUUUUGCUGUGCAGAAGAUCAUGUUGGACUGGGCAUCUGGUAACCUCUACAGAGAGCACUUUGAUAUUGUGUUUCACCUGAAGUGUAAAGAAAUCAACUGCAUUCCUGACAGAAAGAGUUUGGUGGAGCUCUUGAGCUGGAGUUGCGGUUUAACUUCAGAUCAGAUCUCACAGAUGUUACAGGAGUCACCGGAGAGAGUGAUGUUCAUUAUUGAUGGGUUUGAUGAAUUUAGACUCACACAGGACGUCUUUGGUAUGACACCACCCACAGAUCCACACCAGAGAUGCUCACCUGAACUCACUCUUUGUGCCCUGCUGAAGGGACACGUCCAGUCGCAGUCCUUCCUCUUGGUCACCACCAGAUCUACAGCUGCAGACAUUUUGGCCAGACUGCUCAAGACACCUCAGCGUUUCACUGAGAUUAUGGGCUUCUCUGAACGAGGGGUGGAGGAAUAUUUCCAGAAGUUCUUUCAGGAUGAGGAGCUCUUCAGAAAGGCUUAUAUGUUUGUGAAGUCAAAUGAAACCCUGUUCACUGCCUGUUCAAUUCCUGUUAUCUGCUGGAUCAUCUGCACAGUUAUCAGAGAAAGAUUCAAUGAUGGUGCAGAUGUAACAAAGGGAUUAGAAACGACCACGUCCAUAUAUGUUGACUUUGUGUCCACUCUACUGGAGCAUCACUGUCAGGGUUUGAGUGAGUCUGUCCCGACCCUGCUGAAGAGUCUGGGUCAGCUGGCAGAGAGAGGGGUGCUAGAACAACAAGUUAUGUUUGAUGCACAGACUGUCCAUAGAUUAGUGCAAGAUCCUGCUUGCAGUCCGUUUCUGUGCAAGUUUCUCUUUAAGAAAAGAGUCCAGCAGGAGACAAUGUUCAGCUUCAUGCAUCUCAGCUUUCAGGAGUUCUUUACAGCUCUGUACUUUGUAUUUGUGGAUGAAGGACAGUCCAUGAAGAAACUUACCCAGCUAUCUUCCUUUAGAGAUAAGCCUGAUGUUUAUAAUCAUGACCCACCACGUUUUGCUGAUGUGAUGAAGUUUGCUUUUGGUUUGUUAAAUGAGGACGUGCAAUGCACACUAAGCAAACAUGGUCUGUUUGUUCAUAAAAACAUACGAGCCUAUCUGAAAAAAUGGUUCCUAUAUGAGCUUGGUUAUCCCUAUGUACCAUUCAUGUUUAACUAUCUCUAUGAACUCCAUGAAACAAGCUUUGUGAAAGAAGUUAUGCAGGACUGGGAUUCCAUUCGUCCACAUGGUCAAGGGUUCAGAAGAGCAGAUUGUUGGGCGCUGGUGUAUUGUACUCAGUGGCGCCACAGCAUCAGACAAAUCUUUGAUUUCUAUUUAGGAUCUGAAGAGUUGUCUAUUAUUCUGCCUGUUCUCCACAAGGUUGAGAACUUACGGUUAAAUGUAAUCGACCCGUCAGACUCUGAUCUUGCUGAUCUGAUGUGUGCUCUUACAGAGAGACAGACCCUGAGCUCACAAUGGGUUGAUGUUAGCAUUGAUGGCUAUGGGGAAAAAAGGUCAUCUGUUAACUCCCUUUCUAUGUCAGUCAGUAAUGAGCUGUCCAGUAUUGACAUAGAAUUUCCAAACGUUGAUGAUUAUGUGGUUCGGUCACUUCGUCUCACUCUGCCAUGUUCAGAGCCUAUCGACUGGACAAAACUUUUUCAAACAUUUCACAACAUGGAUUUGGAUGCCUUGAUGUCUGCCCUCCAAUCUUUGUCUAAACUAAAAAAGGUGGAACUGAAUGUAGGCUGCCUUCAUGCAAGCUUAUGUGUUGGAGCCCUCUCCAUCAGCCAGAAUUGCCCUGAUCUAACAGAACUCAGGAUAGAUGCUGGCUUUGUACUGGAAGAGGGAAUCAGGAUCUUGCAAAAGGCACACACAAGGCCAAAUUGCACUAUGACAUUUAAAGGGUGCAGAUGCAACAAAAAAUCUCAAAAAUGCACACUUGACAAAGACCGAGAACUAUGCUGCAACCAAUUCGUCAUGUUGAAUGUGAAUUGUCGGGGCUCUUCAUACGAGACAUUGCGAAGGCCUUUGUUUUGGGACUAAAGCUACAGCUUGAUAGCUAGAAGUGAACUACAGACGGGACAGAAGUUCUUAAAGCUGUGGAUGGAGAAACAUGAGAUACAUAAAGUGCAGAUGUUGAUGUUGUAUAUGGUAAUAGUUCUUUUUUACCAAGAAUGGCUAUGAAGAUGUUCUAAAUCAGGGGUCUCAAACUCAAUUUACCAGGGGGCCGCUGGAGGUAGAGUCUGGGUCAGGCUGGGCCGCAUUAAGUGCUGCUUGCUUUCUUGAAUAAAUCUUGUUGCCUCAAUAGACAUUUUUUAAGAUUGGCGACCCGGUUCUUUCUCUCAUCUCCCUGGUAUUUUGUAUACUCCUCAGCAUGUCUAGUUGAGUAAUGACGUCUGACGUUGUAUUCCUUAUACACCCCAACUUUCUCUGUGCAUAUGAGACACGUAGAGGUGCCCCUGUGCUCGACAAAAAAAUAUUACGUCUCCCACUUUUCCUGAAAUUGCCUGUGCUCGUCGACCAACCUUUCUCUUCACAGCACGUUUUGAGAGAGACAUGACUGGAACUGGGUGAUACUAUGUAUUUUCCGUCCACUUGGUGUCACUCCGGAACACGUUUCAACCAAGUGACUAACGUUGAUACUUCAGUCAUACAGAAAGUGAAAGUUAAAAAAAACAACUGACUGAGUUUUCUAACGCUGCAUUAACUGCGCAUAUGCUAAAAGUGAUAUAAGCGAUAGAAAAAGUAAGUGAUAAAAAAAUAAAAAUUAAAGCGUGGCAAGACUCAGCAAAAAGGUGCGUUUGAGAACAACGUGCGGCCGCACUAACACUAAACUUUGAUGUCAAGUAGGGGGCCACAAAAUAUCAUCCCGCGGGCCUCAAUUGGCCCCCGGGCCGCGAGUUUGAGACCCCUGUUCUAAAUGCUAAUAAAUAGAUGUCUUGGGAACUCUUGAAUGCUAGAUGUCUUUUAGAGAUCUUAAUCUGUAAUUGUGCUGUGAAAUCUGAACUAUGAUUUCAAUGCGAAAUAAUCUGAAACUUUUCAAUUCUUUAUUUUCCGUAUAUAUUUUAAUAUACUAUCAUUUUUAAUACUUUGUAUACUGUAGAUAAUUGGUUGUGGUGCAGCACUACAGUCUCUGUGUUGUACAUUUUAUACAUAAAGAACUUUAAAAGCAUGACACCCUUAAAAGGAAGUGUUUUUUAAUGGAACCUACCAUGUACAGCCGCAAAAAAUUAAGAGACCAUUCCAAAUAGCUUUCUAGAUGUAUUGUGGCCAUUCCAGUUCAGUGUUUGUUGAAUUUGACAACAACCAUGUGAUAAAAAAUUAGUUUAUCACAAAAAUAAUCAUUUUUGAACUUUUCCUAAAAACAUGUACAUGUACGCGUCACUAUACAUUAUUGUUGUAUUGUUUUCUUUGCAGUAUUUGAGGUCUAAAAAACAGAGCAUCUUUUCUGUUGUUUUGACCUGUUUCUCCAGUUUAUAUUUUCUGCAAAUAAAUGCAAAUAGAGACAAUAUAUGUAUUUGAAAUUUGGUAAAAAUAUCAUUAGUAGUUAAUAGAAUUAAACAAAAAUUAUCAUUUUACCUUAACACAUAGCCUACCUAUAAUAGUACAUUUUUAAAUCAUAAAAACUGCCUCUGAAAUGUUCUCUUAUUUUUUUUCCACGGCUGUACAUAUAUUAUAUAUACUGCAGGGCCAAGAAAGUUGAUGAUUGGUCUAUAGUUGAAUCAUUAUUCCAGUAGUCAAUAUGUUUCAGUGGCAUAACGCAGUGUGUAGCUUAAAUAACCAUGUCGGAACCCAUACAAUGCAAAGCUUCUCGGAUCAUGGCAUAUAUCAUGAGGUUCGAGGGAAUCUUCUACAGGCUCAUCAGCAGGUUCUGGCAUCUCUGCCUUUUAUCCGGCCAAACGCAGGGUUCUGGAGACAGCUGCUAGAGUACAAAAAGAAACCGACUCAGAGAAACAGUAUCAAGAUGGUGUCCACCUCACAGGGUGUGCUACCAGAAGCCAUACAGUCCGUAGAGGAGUGUUCGUAUGGUCUUAAUGUAUAGUACUUUUUGAAGAGGUUUUGACAGUAUUAUGUUCGUAGAUUGAAAUAUCUAGAUUGAAAGUGUCCUGUCAUGUGGCUGCGGGCUGCUGAGUUCGAGAUUAAGUUGGAUGUGGGAAUAUCAAGAGUGAUAAAACGGUAUUUUAUGUUUUGUUUUAACUUGUUAAUAAACUUCUUU